AUGCAAACCACAACCACCCCAGCAUCCCUGCCCCUCUCCUCCUCCCCUCCCCAUUCCAAGUCCAAGACCACAACUACCACUACCACGAGUCACCAAACAUGGACAUCGUCGUACUUCUCCUCAUACGCCUUCGCGUUCCACUCGAUGCCGUUGGCAUACAUGCUCUCGGUCCCGCCGCACGCGUACCUGUUCUCGAAACUGAUGACGGCGUCGGGCUACGCGUACUCGAACCUGGUGCCGCGGGCGCAGCUGGCGACGCUGGCGCCGACCCUCCCCAAAGCGACGGCGGAUAUGCUCUGGCGCGCACGGGGGUGUCAUUUGAAUGCGCUCGAGGGGUUUCCUCUGUUUGCCGCUGCUGUGCUCGCCGGCACUUCCGCAAACCUCGACCCAAAGGAACUCAACACCUGCGCCGCAGAGUACCUCGUCGCCCGCACGCUCUACAGCGUCUUGUACAUGACCGUGCGCAGCGAGCGGGCCAGCUACCUGCGCUCCGCGGUCUGGGCGUGGAGUGUCGGGAUUCCCGUGUACGUGCUCUGGAAGGCCGGCAUGAGGUGUGUCGACGGCGGGCAUGAUGGGGUUGGGGCCGGUGAGAAGGGAAAGGAGAGUCUGUAG